CACUGCCCAUUCGGAAUGGGAAGCGAGGCUUUGCCACGGAGGAAAAAUAAAACAAAAUGAAGAAGAUGGCACACCCCGGACGUAAAUGAAAGAUUCCAAACGUAGGUCAGUAAUAUAACAAUGGGGAGGUCAGGUGUGAGAAGGGCAGGUGGUUGGCCAGCUGCUGGUUUGCGGUUUGCUAAUUGCAUUGUUCGAUCAAUGUGCGGAAGACCCGCUGGGGCUUUUCUCGUAACUGUUGUGAUAAAUACAUGUACAAGUAGCUCAUUUCCAGUGAUGGUAGAGCUGGAGGCUUGUUGUGGAACCUCUCAUAUUCCAGGCUUUGCACUGUUUCACUACCCUGUGUGUGGCGUGGCGUAGUCGUGGGGGUGUGCUGAUAUCGAUAGACGACAGCCAGCGUCAAGGCCUAGGUGAGUCAUGUGACCUGGCGACUGAGCGUUCGGAACCCAGAAACAGCGGUUCCAAUUAAACCGAUGAUGGAGGGAUUCAAGGUGAAGGGGUUUGUUGCUGCCGUGUUCACUCCAAUGACCGAAAAUGGGGAUGUGAAUGUGGAAGCGAUUGAUCAAUAUGCGACCCAGCUACUGAAUGAUGGAGUUCGCAAUGUAUUCCCCUGUGGUACUACUGGCGAGGGGCUUUCGCUCACCAUCAACGAGAGAAAGCAGAUUGCAGAGAAGUGGAUGCAAGUUGGCAAGGGCAAAUUUGAUGUCAUCAUGGUUCACGUUGGAGCUGACUCGCUCCGAGACACCCAGGAUUUGGCAUCUCAUGCUGCAAGUAUUGGAGCUGACGCGAUAUCCGUCGUGUCACCGACAUACUUCAAGCCCAAAACUGUUGAUCUCUUGCUUCAGUACCUGAAAGAAGUCGGUGCUGCCGCACCGUCGCUACCUCUGUAUUACUACCACAACCCUGGAAUGACAGGUGUAAAAUUUUCAUUGGAAUCCAUAUGGGAGGGUUUGAAGCAGACACCUGUUCCGUCGCUGCGGGGUGUCAAGUUCACCUGUUCUGACUUCUACGACUUGGCUCGAGUCCAGCAUCUGGCUGGGGACAGGUUGCAAAUGCUGUACUCCACGGAUGAGCAACUCCCUCAAGCCUUUUCCCGAGGAAUAGAGGGAUUCAUUGGAAGCACUUACAACUAUGCCGGUAAACCAGCGAACCGCAUGCUUGAAGCUUACCAAAAGGGUGACAUGGAGGCAAUGGAGAAGGAGUAUAUGAUGUACUUGUCGUUCAUUCCAAUACUGUUUAAAUAUGGGGGUGAUGUUGGUAGCAACAAGUGCAUCAUGAAGCUGGCCCGGUGUCCCACCAUCGGUCCGGCCCGCCUGCCCAUCGCAACGCUGGACAAGGAGAGGCUCCAGAGCAUGAACGAAGAGCUGAAGAACAUCGGCUUCUUUGAGUGGAUCAACAAGUAGAGGAGUGGAUCAGCUAGCCCAUCAUCCAGCAGACUGGCAAGGGGAUUGGCUGCUGAUCAAGCAGGUCAGGCAGUAUGGAAAUCAGUCAUUGGUGGAGGAGUUGAUUCAGUUGAAUUCAUGAAUUAGUAAUAAGGUUAGUUUAAGUUGGGAUGCUACAUGUACUCUCCGUAAAAGGGUACGUAAGGUUUUCAUCUUUAAUUUGGUGGUCGGAUUAAUGGUUAACUGUGGUCAUUGAGAAAAUACAUUAAUCUAGCAAGAUUGUCUUGAUGGGGAGUGUAAAAAUGUGAAAAAAAGGGAACUAUAUGUAAUUAUUCUUGCUGAAGUGGAAACGGGUUUUAUUCUACCAGAUGUUUUUACCAAAAUCACAUGCAAGUAUGGAAACAUUGAAUAUUUUUUACUGAAUACAUAAUGAAAAAGACUUUCAUGUGAACAGUGAAGAAAUUGAUGUGCACUUUGAGGCAAAAUUUGUCGUAAGCUAAGGGUGAAAUUUGUACAGACUUUGGCCGUCCAUUCAAAAUGGCGGUCAGUGUUUGUAAAACUACAGAAAAGCCUGACUGGUGCUCAUGAGGUCAGGUGUCUCAGCGCAGUUAUACACCGACCCACAUUCACUGCACAUGCUCAAGCCCACGUGCGUAACUUUAAAUAACCUUGCCUUUUUGAUUACCAAUUGGUCUCAUCGUAAAGAAUUAAUCAUUUCUUGCCUACCACCUCAGCACCACUUCGGUGCAUUAAAAAAAAAGUUCUUGCCGUCUUAUAGGCCGGGAUACUGAUGGAGUCAAACUUUGUUCACGUGUGCACUCUCUAGCAGCGCUGGGUGGGACCUACGGUUCACCGAGCACCGUACAAAACGAAGUGUGGCAUUAGAGGUCUAUUGCCCGCAUAAAAAAAAAACUCUACUUGUGGAAAAAAAUUAACUUCCGAAGAAGUAGUAACAAAAGUCGACUUUCAGCGGCAGUCUUUUCUCGUUUGAGUACUUUCAAUCAGUGUACAGCUGUGUAAGCAACAAAGCUCGCAUAAUCGGACAUGGAGGAGAUGCCUAGAGAAAUUAAUACAUUUCUGUUUACAGUACUACUGGCUGUGUGCCGGGAUGAUAACGGCAAUUGGAUUUUUUUUCUUGUUAAUCACUCCCAGCUGUUGCCAUUUUUGUUUGUGCACAGCAUGUGGUGUCGCUAUUUCGGGAGUUGAUUGAUUUUUUAUACACGGCAGUGGAACUCUUUGAGAGACAAACUUGGUGACUGCAACAGCUGGUGCUCACCGCAGAGCCAAACGAAAGACCGAGGGGAUUGCCGGCAUGUCCAGCUCCUGUGGCAUUUUGGCCAUCUGGGUCCAGACUGACAAAGCUGCUGAGCACAGGAAAAUAUGCUUAGCUAUAUCAGGUUACCAGCCCAACAUAUCAUGUAAUGUGUACCUGCAUUGACUGGUACUCUGCAGAUUCGUGCUUAGCGCACAGCUUUGCCAAGUACAGUCUCCUUCUUGGCAGCUUGGCAGCCGUGGUAUUUGAUAGGUAUCUCUGCGGCAGACUGUUUAUGCACAUUCUUUGGAUAAAGACAGGGCCACAUCAGUAUUACUGUUGACUUUGCACAGCAGAUUGGAAAGUUUUCUUAACUUUCAGCGCAGAAAAUAGUGUGACGUUGUAAUUCCGUUUAGCAGGUUUUGUCCAUUAAUGAGUGAUUUGUUCUUUUGCAACUAAUAACUAGCAUCUUUCAUUUAUUUUGUAGUUUUCGUAUUAUAAUGUAAUAGACUGGUUGUGCCCAGUAAGUCACAUGAGCCACAGUGGGUAUCAAACAUCAAUAAACAUGCAUUUCCCCCAUGGCCAAGUGUGUCAGAAGUGUCAUUUACCAAAAAUAAAACUGAUGAUUGGUAGAGCACUCAGACUACUGAACCCGGCUUUAUUUUUGCUAAACUCUUAAAACAAACAUUGCUAUUGAAGGAUGCCAUGCUUGUUGAUAAUUUUAUACCCACUAAAGGUCAUGUGACUUAGCGGGCCCUAUCGGCCAGUUGUAGCAGGCUAUGCAUUAUAUUUUACGGCCAUACAUGUACACUACCGCAAACAAGUUACGGACCAUUGGAAUAAAAAAAUUUUCUUAAUGUUUCAAACAUCAAA